UUCAGGAGAGCGCAGCGCAGGAGGAGGCUUUGGGACAGAGGAUGGCUCUGCGCUCUGCAGCGUUGUGGCUCCUGGUGUUGGAGGUGGUCGCUCUGCCCCAGAUGUGCCUCGGCUCCUCCUCACAUUCCCUCAAAGUUGUCUACUUCGGUGUCUCGGAGCCCAGUCAGAGGCUGUCCCACUUUGUUGUUCUGGGCUAUUUGGACGGUGAGCUCUUUGCUCACUAUGACAGCAACAGCAGGAAGAUUCAGCCACGAGUCUCCUGGAUGGAGAAAUCAGGGAAGGAUAUUCCCCAAUGCUGGCAGGCUCUGACUGAUAUAGCACGUACCGAAGAUGAUGAGUUCAGAAGACAGAAGGAGAAAUCAGGGUCUCCCUUCAAUAAGAACGAAGAUCUUCAUACGGCACAGGGCAUCGUAAGCUGUGAACUCCGAGGAAAUGGGAGCGAAAGAGAGUUUUACUUAAAGGUGGCUUAUAAUUUGAAAACUGAAUACACCUUCAGCGGGUCUGAUCAUCCCAAGAGGGAAGUCUGCAUUGAGUUGCUAGAGAAGUGCCUGUUUUAUAGGAAUGAGACGCUGAUGAGGACAGAGACCCCAGUGGUGACAGUGAACAGCAGGACGGAGGUGGAGGAUGGGAUGGAGAUGCACAUCUGCCAGAUAUAUGGCUUCUACCCCAGGGAAAUCAAUGCCUCCUGGAGAAGGAACGAGGACAUCUGGCUGAAGAACACCCUCCAUGGGUCUGUGGCCCCCAAUGCGGAUGGAACCUACCACUACUGGCUCAGCAUCCGGAUCGACCCCAAAGAGAGGGGAUGCUAUGAGUGCUAUGUGGAGCAUGACGGCCUGCAGGAGCCUCUGGCCCUGGCCCUGGGCCUGGCGGUCCCAGAAUCCAACCUGGGCCUCAUCAUCGGCUGCGUUGUGGCUGGUCUUGUCAUGGUGUGUGUGAUUGUUGGGACUUUGAUGUUCUUGAGAAAUCGCAGUUCUUGCUGGGGAAAGCUGCAGGGAGCUGCUUCUGUAUGAAGAAGACCAUUUUUGCAACUUCUAGGAAUGCUUGGCAGAUGGAGGAAUGAAAAGGGGGAGAAGAUAGACUUAAGAUACAAGAGGACCUUGCCAGACUUGAACAUUAGGGGCCAUCUAACAAAAUGAAAUCCAAUGGUGAAAAAUGUAAGGUUCUACAUUUAGGCAAGAAAAACCAAAUGCACAGGUAUAAUAUAGGUCAGUGAUGGCUAAUGUUUUUUGGAUCAUGUGCCAAAAACAGGGGGAGCACUGAGGGGCCAUGCACGGGCGUGCCCACACUCAUAACGCUAUGCGUGCAACCCCAGCGGGCAUGCACCCAUGACACCCCCCAAUGCAUGUGUGCAUUAACAGUACUCCCCCUGCUUUUGGCACACUUUUUUCACCCUCCCCAGGCU